AUGCUGGAGGGCUCCCGGGAUGAGUGGGAGGCUGUGGGCAGCCACCUGGACAGAAAGGAGGUCCAGGCAGCAGAGCACUCUGAGGACACCUGGGAGAAGGCCAGCCUCUCCCAGGUACAGGCAGAUCUCCCCACUGUGCUGCAGGUGCCCAUGGCGUCUCCCCAAACCCUACUCCUCUGCCUGCUGGUCCUGGCAGUCACUGAAGGCUGGGCUGGGGCAGCCUCCAUCCCAGGCUGCCACCUGCACCCCUUCAAUGUGACAGUGCGAAGUGAUCACCAAGGCACCUGCCAGGGCUCCCACGUGGCGCAGGCCUGUGUCGGCCACUGUGAGUCCAGUGCCUUCCCCUCCCGGCACUCCGUGCUGGUGGCCAGUGGCUAUCGCCACAACAUCACCUCUGUCUCGCAGUGCUGCACCAUCAGCGGCCUGAAGAAGGUGAAGGUGCAGCUGCAGUGUGCAGGGGGCCAACAGGAGGGCUUCGAGAUCUUCACGGCCAGGGCCUGUCAGUGCGACAUGUGCCGCCUCUCCCGCUACUAGCCCUUUCUUUCCCUGCCUCCCCCUCUUGGGCAGCGGGCUGGGAACUCCGGUGGGAAAGGCUCUGGGGUCCAGAAAGCUCCAAGGAGCCCCAACCUUGCCAAGAAC